AUGUCGACUUAUAAUUACAUCAUUAAAUAUAUUAUAGUUGGAGAUUCGGGUGUUGGGAAGUCCUGUCUCCUGUUACAAUUUACAGAUAAACGAUUUUACGCAGGCCGUGAGUUAACCAUAGGGGUUGAGUUUGGUACUCGAUUUAUAUCUCUGAAAGAUGGAAAACAGAUCAAACUGCAAAUUUGGGAUACCGCUGGACAAGAGAGUUUUCGAAGUAUAACACAAAGUUACUAUAGAGGAGCCGCAGGCGCAUUGCUAGUAUAUGAUAUCUCCAGGAGAGAGACCUUUGAGCACGUUUCAACAUGGUUAUCAGAUGUUAGAAGACAUGCCAAUCCUAAUACAACAAUAGUUUUGGUUGGGAAUAAGUGUGAUUUGGAUGAACGACGAAGACAAGUGACGAGAGAAGAAGGAGAGAAAUUUGCUAAAGACAAUGAUAUACCACUGUUUAUUGAAACCUCUGCAAAGUCGUCUGAAAAUGUAGAAGAGGUGUUCUCUAUAACAGCAGAGGAUGUCUAUGAUAAGAUAAAGUCUGGUGUGUUUUCACCAAAUGAAACGUCUGGCAUACGCUUGGGACAUUCACAAAGCACUAUAGCUGAAGAAACACAGACUAGCGGUUGUUGUUAA